AUGGAUGAGGAUUACGACGUCGUGGUCCUUGGUACUGGAUUGAAAGAAUGCAUCCUAAGCGGUUUGAUGUCAAUCGAAGGUAAAAAGGUACUGCAUAUGGAUAAAAAUGACUAUUAUGGAGGAAAAAGCACCUCCAUUACGCCAUUGAAACAACUUUUCUCCUACUUCAAUGUUGCUGGUGAUAUCGAACGUUUCGGAGUCGGCAAAGAAUGGAAUGUUGAUCUCAUUCCAAAGUUUCUUAUGUCUAACGGAAACCUUGUCGCUUUACUAAUUCACACUGGCGUCCUAAGAUAUUUGGAAUUCAAGCAAAUCGAAGGGAGCUAUGUGUAUCAAAAUGGAGGUAUACACAAAGUUCCUUGUGACGAGGCGGAGGCAUUGUCAUCCAACCUAAUGAGUCUUUUUGAGAAACGGCGUUUCCGAAAGUUGCUCGUAUGGGUUAUGAACGUAAAACCCGAAGUACCCUCAACAUGGAAUGACGUUUACCAUUUUGAGAUAGGCGAAGAUACUCAGAUUUUUAUAGGUCACGCUAUUUGUCUUUACCCGGAUGAUUCAUACAAAGAGAAAGUACCCGCGGCUGAAGUAAUCCAGCGAAUGCAACUAAUUGUAUAUUGUCGUGCACCGAUAUCUUUUGUGUUUAUCGACUAUUUUCUCAGUGUUCAUCACAACCCACUGACUAAAUAUUUUCCACUUUGCUCUACACAGGUGGUUCGAGCUAUUUGUUUAUUGAAUCAUCCCAUUCCAAAUGUUCAAAGCGCAGCGUCCUGUCAGAUUAUCAUCCCUCAGAACGCAUCCGAAAGGCAUCAUGAUAUCUACAUAUCCUGUGUAUCCCACUCACAUAUGGUUUGUCCGGAAAACUUCUUUGUGGCAUUGGUGGCAACCACUGUUGAGACUGACAAACCACAUGAUGAAUUGAAACCGGGUUUGGAUCUACUUGGUCCCAUUGAACAAGUAUUCUACUCCAUUGAAGAUCUCUACGAACCCGUGGAUGAUGGUCGCUCCAGCAAGCUAUUCAUCUCUUCGAGCUAUGAUGCCUCUACGCAUUUCGAAAGCACCUGUGAGGACGUAUUGAAUUUAUACGAACGAAUCACAGGACAACCAUUCGAUUUCAGCAAAAAACCCCCGUGA